AUGAGGGCGCUCCCGGCUGUGCUGCAAGGCAGGAUGCUGCUCACCUUCCUGGUGGUCCUCGGGGCACCAGCAACAGCCAGAAAGGAACUGAACCUCGAGCGGCUCCCGCCAGCCCCCAGAGCUGGGGAUGGAGGUAACCUGACCAGCCAGGAAACCACCGGCACUAACAAGAUGCUGGCAGCUCUCCCCAAAAUGAGGAGGGGCGACUUUGGCUCUGGGGAAGGGUCUCAUCCAGACAAAGCCAGCCUGCUGCUGCCAGAGGGGUCAGCAAGGAAAGCACUGCCCUGGCCGACGAGCCCAGCCACCAAGAGACCUGCUCCCAGGAAAAAGGGGAGGAAGGUGUCCCUGUCACUUGAUGUCCACACACACUUAUUGGAGAUCCUACUCGACCUGGCCAGAGAAAAGGAGCAGCAGGACAAGGCGGCUGCCAAUGCCGAGCUGAUGGCCCAGCUCGGGCGUAGGAGAUGAACUCCCCUGGCUGGGACAUGCCUGCUCAGGCAGGGCCGGAGAGGGCAGCGGGGCUGCCAGGGGUACAGACGGAGGGAAGCGUGGAGUGGCUCUGGUGUGCCUGCAGGGGGCUGCGGACACAGCAUCAUCCCCCUGGUCCCGGUGCUCAUGGCACAAGCAGCAGCCACGGUAGGAUUUGGUUUAAUAACCAUCACCUCAGCACCUCUGGAGAAGACACA